AUGCGGGAGGAUGGAAUGGUGAAUUUGGACCUGGAUAAGGCCUGGGGGAAUAUUCAGAAACUUGAUCGGGCGCUGGUUGGCAGUCUGCUUGGGCGGCGAGUGCCAUUCUGGGUUGUACAAAAUGAACUACAACGGAAGUGGGGACACCUCGGAUUGUCCCAAGUCACGCCAUUGGGAGCGGAUUGCUUUCUUGGAUGGUUUGAGGAUGUUGAUGCCAGGGAUAAAGUUAUGCUGGGAGGGCCUUGGUAUGUGGCCGGCCAGAUUAUUGGGGUUGAACAAUGGACUAUUGGAGCUCGAUCUAGACAGGGUAGGAAGUUCUCUUCACCUGUUUGGAUUCGCCUUCCUAAUCUUCCACUGGAAUAUUGGGAUGAGGCCAAUCUUGUGAGGAUGGCUGCUGGAGUGGGGGAACCGUUAUACAUGGACAAACAAACUAAGAGGUGGGACCGAUGUGCCUUUGCUCGUGUUUGUGUCCAAUUAGACCUCUCUAAGAAGCUGCCUAAAGGAGUGUGGGCGAAUGGGCUGGGAGGAGCAUUUUUCCAACCGGUUGAAUAUGAGGGCAUCCCUCUAAUUUGCCAGGCAUGUGGGAAGGUUGGUCAUAAGGCGGAGGGCUGUAGGGAAUCGGUUCCUCCCGCUAUGUGGAUUCAUCCUGCAUGGGGCCAUGAGGUGCCCACUGCCAAUGGCCAAUUGAAAGAAAUGGAGGUGGAUCGGGGGAAUGACGGUAACGUGGUUAAUGCAUCUGGCUCGAUUGGCGGGGAUUCCAGCACGGGGAAUGUGGAUCAAGGAGAAUGGACUAUCGUGAACAGAAGAAGGCGAUCUAGACCGACCAAAUUCGGAGCAAAACCCACUGAUGUAAACAAUGCUCAACUCAAUAUGCCCAGAAAAGCAACCAAUAGCACAACCUGGAAGGUUGUGGCGGAUGGAAAUGUCCCCAAGGGGAACCCGAUGAGGGAGGGGAGUUCGACUGGUAAGGAAUCUACCAUGACACCACGAUAA